AAGCUGUGGAAUCUGACAUGGAGAGCUGCUCUUGCUCCACGUGGCAUCCGUAACUAAGCAGCAAAGCUCCAUUCGCUCUGGAAAAAAAAAAACUCUUUUUUUACAGAUUCUCUUUUGUAGAGAUUGAAGCAUCGGAAAAAGAUGUCCAUCUCUUGCCCCAGAAAUUUCUUUGAGAGGUUCUGCGUCGAGGAUUACCCAAUGGACACGAUCAAACACAGCAGUUUCCUCUCUGCCGAUCUUUUGCCGUCACUUGGAGCCAGAAUAAACCACUCCACCAAGCUUCGUAAACAUAUAAUCUCUCCUUUUGAUCCACGUUAUAGGGCAUGGGAGAUGUGGCUGGUCAUUCUGGUCAUUUACUCGGCGUUGAUCUGUCCCUUUGAAUUUGCCUUCAUCACCUACAAAAAUGACGCACUUUCUAUAAUAGACAACAUCGUCAACGGCUUCUUUGCCAUCGAUAUCGUUCUCACCUUCUUUGUGGCAUAUCUCGACAGCCACUCUUAUCUUCUAGUUGACAGUCCUAAGAAAAUAGCUAUAAGGUACCUCUCUACGUGGUUUGCCUUUGAUGUGUGUUCAACAGCGCCCUUCCAGUCACUGAGUCUGCUGUUCAACUACAAUGGAAGCGAACUAGGAUUCAGAGUUCUUAGCAUGCUCAGGCUCUGGCGUCUAAGACGAGUUAGCUCGCUGUUCGCAAGGCUUGAGAAAGAUAUCCGUUUCAACUAUUUCUGGACACGAUGUACAAAACUCAUUUCAGUUACCCUGUUUGCAGUACAUUGUGCCGGAUGCUUCAACUACCUAAUUGCAGAUAGAUAUCCUGACCCAACAAAAACAUGGAUUGGUUCAGUAUACCCAAAGUUCAAGGAGGCUAGUGUCUGGGACAGAUAUGUGACUGCUCUUUACUGGUCAAUUACGACAUUAACAACCACGGGAUAUGGAGACUUGCAUGCCAAUAAUCCAAGGGAAAUGUUGUUUGACAUCUUCUACAUGCUGUUCAACUUGGGUUUGACCUCUUACCUGAUCGGGAAUAUGACCAACCUCGUGGUUCACUGGACUAGCCGCACCAGAAGUUUUAGGGAUACAAUCAGAGCUGCUUCAGAGUUUGCAUCACGAAACCAACUCCCACCUCACAUCCAAGACCAGAUGUUAUCGCAUAUUUGCUUAAAGUUCAAAACAGAAGGUCUGAAACAGCAGGAAACCUUGAACGGUUUGCCAAAAGCCAUCCGGACAAGCAUUGCAAACUAUCUCUUCUUCCCCAUUGUUCAGAAUGUGUACCUUUUUCAAGGAGUCUCUCGUGACUUCCUCUUGCAAUUGGUUUCAGAUGUAGAAGCCGAGUAUUUCCCACCCAAAGAAGAUGUAAUCCUACAGAAUGAAGCUCCAACGGAAGUAUACAUACUGGUCUCCGGGGCAGUGGAGUUCAUCUCCUGUGUUGAUGGGCAAGAUCAGGUUCAUGGUAAAGCAAUCGCUGGAGAUACCUUUGGAGAGAUUGGCGUUUUAUGCUACAUGCCACAACCUUUCACUGUUAAGACGACUGAACUUUCUCAAUUACUACGGGUGAGCAGAACAUCUCUGAUGAACACCAUGCAAGCACAUAUUGAAGAUGGGCGUGUUAUCAUGAACAAUCUCUGCAUGAAACUUAGAGGGCAACAGUCAAUAACAAUUGGUGAUACAAACAAUGGUCCAAAUAUUGGAGAAGGGCAUCCUAGCGACCAAGAUUGCAGACAAAAAUGUUCAUCAGUGCAUGAUUUGGAAAAUAUGAAUUCCCAAGGAAUGGCAUCGACAAAGUGGAGCAAUUCAAGAAAAGGUGACUAUAGUACCAGUUGCACAGAGGUUACAUGGUUAACACCGGAAAGUAGAGAAACAGCUCUUAUGGCCGCCAUACACAAGGGGGAUAUUGAAAUAGUCCAGAAGCUACUUGAACGAGGGGUUAGUAUAGACAAACCAGAUUCUAGAGGCUGGACACCAAAAGCUCUUGCAGAGCAACAAGAAAAUAAGAGCAUAUAUGACCUCUUAUUGAGUUAUGAACUAAAGAGUGCAGAAGAACAUAGGAUACAGAUAGCACAACCCGGUAAAGCAACCAUGUUAGUGAAUGGAACAAGUAGCAGCGAAGAUUUGGAUUCUACCUCUUACGGUUUUUGUUCGCAAAAAUCCGACUCACAUUGCAUCUCCAGCAUCCCAGUCAAGACCAGUAAACAAGCAGCAGCUAAACCAAAAAAUAGGAGGGUUACUAUCCACAUGCAGUCGCAGAUAAACAGUUUAUCACAAAGGCAGAGCAGAAAGUUGAUACUUCUACCUGAAUCCAUGGAAGAGCUGCUAAAACUUGCCGGUGAAAAAUUUGCAGGGCACAGCUUCACAAAGAUCACCAAUGGCGAAAACUCCGAAAUAGAUGACAUAGAUGUCAUUCGAGAUGGUGAUCAUUUGUUCUUCCACCAAAACGAAUUUGAAGGUACAGAUUGCAAGUUUGCAACUUGACUUGACCUGCCAUAAUUAGUUCGCCGAUUGAUGCAUGUACAUCCGCAGGCAAUGUAUUCAUCUUGUUCCACUGAAACCAGAGAAAACUAGAUCAUCAAUAGCAGAGUCUAGAAAAUCUGAAUAACGCAGAAUGAUAUUUAAAAAAGAAAAUCAAUGAAACAUAUCGCUCAAACCGGCUUCCCAGUA